GGAAGCGGAGUGCAGUUUUUUUUUUAUAGAAGGCAGUUUUCAUACGUAUGUGUGAAAGUAAGUUGACGAUGUGUGAGUACGGAACUCGCAUGCGAGUGUAAUUACACCUGUGCGUUGUCAGGCAGAGCUGUCCUUAAAUCAACUCACGGUGUAGGGGAAGCGUAAGGUCAGUUUAAUGCACAUGUAGUGGUUUCGCUUAGGGGUUAGACUCCCAUCUAAUCGCUGAUGCCUGUCAGCUGGGUUUUUAAUUCCCCGCUCUUGUUUGUUGCAAACUGGGCAGAGCGCACACAUGAAUAGGAAGCGAGCUGCAGAGCCCGUCAGCGGCCGUCCUGCUGGUGGAGAAAGACUUAAAGCGCGCUGCCCCACUGCCGAAUGGGGGGCGGCGUUGCUGGAAGGCACCUCAGGAUCUGAGAGGGCAGUGCACCUCGAGCUGGCCUGCGCCGUUGAGCGGGCGGUGAAGGCGGCGGUGGAGCUGGCCAUGGCGAGGGUGACCAGGCUGGUGGAGAGGCGCUGCGCCGGCCUGCGGCUGCGCAUCGAGGACCGCGAGAGGGAGCUGGAGAGCGUGCGGCUGAGGCUGGAUCUGGCGGAGAGCGAGCUGAGGGUCCUGCGCGAGCGCGUCGGCGGCGGCGAGCGCGAGCCCUGGCACGCAGCCCCGCAGUCGGAGAGCCGCGGCCGGGCGCAGCGGAGGCUGGAGGCCGGGGAUCCGGCGGGUCGCGGGGAGUUUCUCCCGGUGAACAAGAAGGAGGGCGACCUCGUUAACACCGUCGCAGCCCCCUCCUCAUUCCCAGGUGUUACCGGAACACUGUCCGCCAAACAGGAAUUGUAUAAUCCUCCCGACUGCGAGGCCAGCGGGGAAGAACGAGCUACUGACCAGCGGCAGGGACCAACAGUGAAACGUGCUGAUAGGACAUCGCCUCGGAUCGACACUCCUGAGGCUCAUGGUCGCUGCAUAGCUGGGGAACAGGGGUGCCCUGCGCCUUGUCAGGCCCUGCAGCCUUUCGGAAGCAGCCAAGACACCUCUGAGAGACUCUCGGGCGCUGACUGCAGGCCCCUCAAGCAGGAGGUGUCUGAGCUGGGCUAUGGGGACGUGGUUCAAGAGUCCAGAUGGCCACCGAGCCCUCUCGGAGCAGAGGGCAGUGAACCGGGACCAGGCCAGGCAGCUGGGCCGUACUCCAGCAAUGCCCAGACUGGGAGGGGUAAAAUCGAAGGGAAUCCCAGGUCCUCUAGGGGCAGUAUAUCACAAGACGCCGCACAACGGAAGACGCCGCGACACCUGGCGCCCCCCGACUCUCCGCCCGGGGGCCGGCGGCUCCCUCUCCCUCCCCCGGCUGCCGAGGGGGGCGGGCCGAGGAGGCGGGGCCCGUUCGCCUGCGCGCUGUGCGGGCGGGCGUUCCACGCCCUGCAGAGCCUGCAGUCCCACCAGCGCACCCACACGGGCGAGAGGCCCUUCCCCUGCGCCACCUGCGGCAAGAGCUUCGCGCAGAAGCAGAACCUGAUCCGGCACCGCAGCGUGCACACGGGCCUGGCCCCGCACGCCUGCGGCCUGUGCGGCAAGAGGUUCAGCCAGCUGGGCAACCUCCGCAUCCACUACCUCAUCCACACCGGGGAGCGGCCCCACGCCUGCCCGCAGUGCGGCCGGCGCUUCAACCAGGCCCAGAACCUCAAGCGGCACCUCCGGGUGCACGCCAAGCGCCUCUGACGCCGCGCCGGGCGGGGAGCUCGGGGCGAGGCCCCGGGCGGAGGCCCUUGACUUGAAUUCUCACCGCGGUCAAGCAGUGCUGGCACCCCGAGAGGCCUCGUUCCCAAGAGCCAGCCCGUCGCUCCUCCUGUGUGAUUGGAGACGGCGGGGCUCACUGAUUCGAGGCCCU